CCUGAAUUGUUCUGUACUCGAAUGGGCAAAAAGGUCGUUCCUGAUCAUGUCUCUUCAUCACCCCAACAAGGAUCUGCAAGCCAUACCUCGACUCGAAAGCGGCCCCCCAUAAAACGAAUAUCAAAAAUGUUUGCACGGAAAGGAAUCGUUGCUGCGACUGUAGCCUCAUCACGAUCAGCUCACUUCUCCAUUCUCAGGCAUACUGAUCAGUCGGCCGCUCUGUCGUUCCGGAUAACCCGUCUCUUUUCCUCGUCCCCCGCCAGAUCCGCCUCAGAAUCUGCCCGUGUACCCCGCCCGAUCCCUCUGGAUAUCGGCAAUGGCCCUACCGCAUCAUCUGCAUCCGCCAUUACAGAAGCAGCGUCAUUAUCAUCAUCAACAGCAGAGGCAGCCGUCGCGGGAUCAGCCAGGAGAUCAUAUCGCAGCUCAAACAAUGGAUCCUUCUUUGGUCGAUUCGGCGAACCCAUCAUCAACGUCCUUAUCUACUCCACAGCGGCAUCAUUGGUCCUACACUUAAUUUAUCACCAUUUGGCAUUGGAGGAGUACAGGAUCGCGUCGAAUAAGAAGAUUGCAGACCUGGAGGCAGAGAUCGAAACCAUCAAGAGUCGCAACGCCUCAAGUUCUGUACAACAUUCAUUAGGAGGGCGAGGAGAGUUCGUUUAAUUAAACAACUUAUGGAGAAUGAUGAAACGACAUUCUUGAUCAAGGCGGUGCACAUUGUAUCGGAUAAAUAUUUGGGAAUGGAGGAGGACGUUUUAUAUGCGCCAGUCGUGGUGCUGGGGAUCAUCGCGUACGCCGGUCA